CACUCUCCGCUUCUGCAGCGAAUCUCGCAGCCCUAGAAGAAGCUGUUACACUCACGGCAGCGGACCAACACCGGCUUCCUUUCUCCGAUGGACUCCAUCGUCAAGCGUGAGCCUGACGAGUUCGCACGGACGCGGAGCGACCGAAGGCCGAUCAUCACGCCGAUUUACAUCACCAGCAGCGGCGACGACGGCGACGGCGACGGCGACGACAGCGGAUGCAGCGAUCGCAGCACCGGCGACGGCCGGUGCACACGAGCCACCGCUCCGGAGCACCGGAAGACGAGGAGCCUGAAGGAGAUAGACCGUGACUUGGCGCUGAAGAAACCGAAGCUUGACGAGGAAGCCGUCCACGUCGCGGUCCCGGUCGAUUUCCUCGCUCCGCUGCCGCCGUGCUCGCCCGUGGAGGUUGCCGAUGGCGACCGGGCGGCUCGGGCUCGUGCCAACCGCAGGCAGUUCUGGAAGGCUGGGGAUUACGAGGGGGAGAGCAAUCGCGACGUCCUUGCUUCUCGCGAUGUUGGCAUGGAUCGUGUCAGAGUCCAUCCCAAGUUUCUCCAUUCCAAUGCAACCAGCCAUAAAUGGGCUCUAGGAGCAUUUUGAUUUGCGGCUUUUGCGGAGCUUCUUGACAACGCUUUAGAUGAGGUUUGCAAUGGAGCCACUUAUGUUCACAUCGAUUUGUUGGAAAAUAAAAGGAAGAAUUUGACAGUCUUGGUGAUUGAAGAUAAUGGUGGAGGGAUGACUCCUGACAAAAUGAGGCAGUGCAUGUCUCUUGGAUAUUCUGCCAAAAGCAAAGCUGCAAACACGAUUGGUCAAUAUGGAAAUGGGUUCAAGACGAGUACCAUGAGGCUGGGAGCAGAUGUGAUUGUCUUCUCACGUAGUGGGAAAUUCAGAGGAAUGAGCGCAUCACAAAGCAUUGGAAUGUUGUCCUACACAUUUCUAAGGGCAACUGGGAAGGAAGAUAUAAUUGUUCCUAUUGUUGAUUAUGAGAAAAAGGGACAAGAAUGGGGCAAGAUACUCAGAUCUUCUACAGAUGAUUGGAAUAGAAACUUUGGAACCAUUUUGCAUUGGUCACCAUUUGAAAGUGAGGAAGAACUUCUUCAGCAGUUCAAUUCGUUACAAAAUCAAGGUACACGCAUAAUGAUAUAUAAUCUCUGGGAAGAUGAUGACGGACAGCUGGAACUCAAUUUUGAUACCGAUCCCCAUGAUAUUCAAAUCAGGGGAGUAAAUCUGGAAGAGAAGAAAAUAAAGAUGGCUAAACAGUUUCCUAACUCAAGACAUUUUCUGACUUAUCGACAUUCGUUGAGGAGUUAUGCAUCAAUCCUCUAUCUCAGGCUGCCACCUGAUUUCAGGAUUAUUUUGCGUGGGGAAGAUGUUAAACACCACAACCUUGUGAAGGACAUGAUGCUGAGCCAGAAGAUAACAUACAAGCCUUCAAAUGUUGCUGAGAGUGCGCAUAACGAUUCAAAUAUGGUUGCCAAUGUGACCAUUGGCUUUGUGAAGGAUGCUUCCUUUCACAUCGAUGUUCAAGGUUUCAAUGUUUACCAUAAGAAUCGACUUAUUAAGCCCUUCUGGAGGGUUUGGAAUGCUUCUGGAAGUGACGGCCGCGGGGUUAUAGGUGUAUUGGAAGCGAACUUCAUUGAACCUGCUCAUGACAAACAAGACUUUGAGCGCACAAUAGUGCUUUCAAGACUAGAGGCACGCCUGGUGGUGAUGCAGAGAAAUUACUGGAACACAAAUUGCCAUCAUAUUGGUUAUGCAGCAACGCGACCAUCAAAGAAACCAGUUUCUUCCCAAACAGAAGGCUCUAAUAAAAGUAAAUCAUGUUCCUCGUCUGUAGGGAAGGGGAGUGGAGUAAUCAGUCCAUGUUCUAGGUUGAAGCAGAAUGUGAAGCAGGAGGAGGCAUCUAUGGAUUUGGAUGAAUCAAGUGAGGAUAGAAGUUCUUACAAGGUUUCCCGAGCUAAUGUUAAUGGCCAAAAAUCUUCGGCAUGUAAUUUCAAAAUUGGUCCCUUGGGAAGAGCUUCACAAACAACGGAUGGUAUCAGAAACAGCGAUGCUCGUGUUUCUGCUUGCCAAACAGACAUGUUAGUCAGGUUGAAAGAAGAGAACCGGGAUUUAAAGCAAAGAUUGAAAGAAAAAAGGGGAUUGGAUACAAUCGAUUUGCUGCACCAGUUGCAGGUGGAGAGAGACAGACGCAAAUCACUUGAAACAAAACUUCAGGAAAGAGGAAAAAAAAUAGUAGAGGUAGACAAGGAGCAAACGGCACUAAUAAACAUCCUUGUGGAGGAAAGGAUCCAGGGAGAACGGGUGGAGGACGAACUCAGGGAGGAAUUGACGGCUUCAUCUAGUACGAUUGAUCAACUGCUCCAUAGGGUAAGGCAGUUACGAGACAUGAAGGUCUUGAUUGGCAAAGUCGAACGCUGAAGCACAGAUUACAGGCGAGAAGCUCGUUGGAUUCGACGAUGACAUAGUAUGAGCUCUUGCUUAUGGAAGGAUUUCCGACAACCGUGAAAUCGCAGGACCAUACAUCCAUUAAUUUCAUGAGUAAGGCUUCAAGUUUAUCUGAUGGACAGAGGUAUAUAUUAGUUUUUGUUCAGUCCUGUAGUCAGUGUUUCUCCAAGUACAUUACAAUCAAAACAAGGUUAGACGGAGGUUAUACUUAUACAAACGUGAGCCCCAAAA